CGGCAGUGGCAAAGGCAAAGGCAAAGGCAAAGGCAAAGGCAAAGGAAAAGGCAACGGCAAAGGCAACGUCAACAUGGAUUGCACUUUUGACUUGAAGCCACUGUUUGAUAAGGACAUAAUUAAGGUGCAGUCGGAUAUGCUGCCCGAGGGCUUCGUUGGCAGUCCGGAGCAGUCGGCGGAGGCCAAGCGCAGGAUGGGCUGGAUCAUCGAUAAGAUUGGCCUGAUGUCCGCCCAGGCUCAAGGCUUGCACACGUCUGUGACGAGUGCCAGGCAAACGAAUGACAAACAGACAAUCUAUCUGAUGGCCGGCAAGGGCAAGGAGGAGGGCAAGCUUGUCGUCACGGGUCUGCUCAAGAUGGGUCCCAAGGAUCUCUAUUUGUUCGAUGAGCGCGGGCAGCUGCGCAGUCGCAUUGGCACGCCCGCUGUGCUCGACUUCUUCGUGCACAGCUCGCAUCAGCGGCGCGGCCUGGGCAAGCGGCUCUUCGAUAACAUGCUGCAAGACCUUGACUUGACCUUGUGCAAGUGUGCGGUCGAUCGACCGUCGGCCAUGAUGACCGCCUUUCUGGCCAAGCACUACGGCCUCGUGCGCACCAUUGCGCAGACCAACAAUUAUGUGCUCUACGAUGGCUUCUUCGGUAACAAUGAUGCCAGCCACGCCGAUGCCAAGGACAGCAAAUUUAGGGGACAUACGAAAGCAACCGAUAAGCCCGAGAAGGACCUCAAGGUGCUAAGCAUGGCCGAAAUUAUGGAAGCGGGCAAGAAACAACCUCGCGAAAGCAGAAAAUACAACAUCAAACGUAACGGAGAUACCAGGAGUUGGCAAUAGAGCUGGCUCCCGACAAGGGGACGACAGACAGACGCAACUGGACGGAGCUGGACCGAACAGAUUAAGGAUAACGACUCGGCACAUAUGUCUAUAUAUAUAUAUAGAUAUAUACACAUUUACUUAUAUAUACAUACAUAUAUAUCGAUAUAUGUGAGUCACAUGUGUAGCUCGCAUUCGAAGCAUGCCAUCCAUAAUAGGAGUUGGCUCGCACAAGGCGAAAGAUAUUCGAAGGACUUAAGCAGUUGGCGAAAAUCCAAAUCGCAACUUUUAUUUUUGGGCUUAGGGAAGUUUUUUAAAAUUUGAGUACAUUCAUUCAACACACACAAACACACACUCGCACAAUUGGCUAGAGGAACCCGUUUUCAACAAUGAUGUUAACUAAAUUAUCUUUCUCAAUGUAAUAAAAAAAAUCAUGGCGUCAUGGCAAAGAGCG